CUAUGAAUUUGUAAUCACUGCACCCAGUUUGCACCCCUAAUAACGCACCGAAACUAGGAGCUUUUACUAUUCGUUAACUAUGUAGGUGAAGCUAGUGUAGUGUGGAGAAAGUUGCAGGCUCGUUACGUUCAUUCCAACCGGCUACAUAAUGUCGACCCGUUCGCAACUGACGAAAGACCUAAACGAGAGCGUGAAGACUCUUCUGGGCCGUCACACUAAAAUUCUGGUAAAAUAUAUGGUAAAGCUUGAGGUCAAGAGCGAUAAAACGGAGAACCGAGUUUUGGUGUUCACACCCGUGCGCGUGUAUCUACUUACAGCCAAAGUACCGACAAGGAUAGACUGCCAUUUUCACUACCUAGAUAUACAAUCGAUCGAAAGUCGGAAGCCAACACAUUUUACAAUAACCACAAAUGAUAAGAGCUACUCCUUUUCUACCAUUGGUGAUGCUGGAAGUUUCACAUCGAAUGCCGACGUAAUUUUAACCGAUUUGUCAUCUGCAAUCAAGCAAAUAUUUCCCACGGUUCCGCUACGUUACAUAAUACGAAAGAUCGAUGUAAAUCCCAUCGAGCGUACUUCCAUAUUUUCGGACGAAUUGCGCCCAUCCGAUCCGCGCAAUGUGGGACCAUGCGGUGGCUUCAGUAUGCAAUACGCAUGCAUGUGUGAUCUACAUGCGGUGCAGUACCGGGAGGAGGUAGCAUGGGACAUUGACACAAUAUACCUCUCGCACGAUGCGCGUGUGCUCAACUUGCGCGACUUUGAUCAUCUCGAGCAGAAGGAUCUGAUGGCGAUUGUGGCCGCGCUGGAAUAUAAUACAUUUUUCCGUGGGCUGAAAGCGUCCCAUACACGGCUGUCGACGGAAACGCUCGAGCGGGUAUUGCAGGUACUGCGGCGAUCGCUUUGGCUUGAGGAACUGCACCUGGAAUCGUUGGGAUUAAAGUCUGACUUUAUACAUAAGCUAGCUGUUGCUGUGAUAUCAAAUUCUGCGCCUGCAUUACGAUCCAUUGACUUAAGCCACAACGUCAUCGAAGACAAAGGAGCUACACAUUUGGCUGGACCAAUAGCAAAAAUGUCGAAAGGCUUUUCCAAGCUAGCACUGGCGCAUUGCGGCCUUACGGCAAAGGGCGUUAAUCAGCUGGCUCAUGCGCUUUCGUUAAAUCAAAACAUUUCCAACUCACUCACGUAUCUGGACCUGAGUGGUAACAUUCUUAAGGAUGACGUGAACAAUCUGUACAACUUCUUAGCGCAACCAAAUGUUAUAGAACAUUUGGAUAUUUCCCGUACGGAUACCACAUUAGAAAGUGUCUUUGGAGCUCUCUUACGCGGCUGCGCCACCCAUCUUCUUCAUCUGAACGUAUCGCACAACAAUUUCGGAACGAAGAAGGGCAAAGAGAUACCACCCUCGUUCAAGCAAUUCUUCACCAGCAGCCUAAGCCUGAAGCAUCUUAAUAUUGCCAGCUGUAAGCUACCGCUGGAGGCGCUCAAACAUUUGCUCCUGGGGCUAGCUUGCAACGAAUCGACGGCCGGUCUGUAUCUGGAUCUGAGCGGCAAUUCGCUCGGAUCUCAGGGGGCACACGUGCUUGAAUCUUGCAUCCACGGUGUGCGCGUACUGGCCAGCCUGGACAUUAGCGACAACAAUAUGGACUACGAGCUGGCACACGUUCUCACGGCCAUCGGCAAAAACCCGUCGAUCCGGUCACUGUACAUGAGCAAAUGCUUUACCGGCAUGAAGCUGAAACACAUCGGCACGGUAAUGGAUUCGUUGGUGAACCUGAUCCAGAAGGAAGAUUUCCAACUGCAGGAACUAGUGCUGGCCGAAAAUCGGCUCAAAACCGAUCUGCACAAUUUCAUCAACGCACUCGGCAGCAACCAACACCUGCAGAUGCUGGACAUUACGGGAAACCUGAUGGGUGACAUAGGUGCACGGUUGCUUGCGAAAGCACUGCAGAUUAACAAUAAGCUGAAAACGAUCGCACUCGAUCGGAAUAAUAUUACGCUGCAGGGGUACGCGGACAUAGUGUACGCGUUGGAGAACAAUUUUUCAGUACGUAAUAUGCCGUUCCCACUGCAUGACAUAGCGCCCUGUCUGAAGCAACACCCAGAACGUACCGAUGUGUUAAUGAGAAAGAUGCAAGAGCUGCUGUUCCGCAAUGGCAAUGGUUUCAAGCGCACACACGGACAAGGUUUUCGACUUCAGCAUGGAUUUUUACUAUCAUCCACGCACCAAGUGCUUGAUAAGCUGGUAGCAGAGACGCAAGAAACGAUGUCCUCCCGCCAGAGCUCUCUCGAUGGGAGCUUGUCGCGCUUGCUAGAGGAUGCUGAAAACUGUAAGCAGCUACUGCCGAAGUUGCAAGAAUCUGUACGCUGUGAUCCUCAUCCGAUUGAGGUUCGCCUGGGGAAAAUGAAGACAGAACUUCAUCAGUCGAUCAAGAGCUAUCUGGAGGAAACUAUGGAAACGAUGCUACGUACAGGCAUCGAGCAGUGUCCCAAAACGUUAGGCUCUCAGGUAGUUCUGACAGAGCUGCGAAAAGGAUGUGAAGAACGAUUAACGAUUUCGGAAGAAUUCUUACAAAGCUGUCUGGUAAACAGUGCCGGUGGGGAAGUCAUGAAUCGUAUCAGCGAGGUGGAACAAUCGUUGGCUAGUCUGAUUUCGGAUCGAGCUACCGAUGAAGUGUUGGAAGCACUCACGCGCUAUCGCAAAGGAUUGGGUAUUGCCGAGGGACCACUCAGUUACACCGACGAUUUGCAUUCCUUGGAUGGAAGCAAAAAUAAUUCUAGUCAGAGCACCGAGCCGAUAGCAAACUUUGAAUUGCGGGGAUUAGAUCUGCCGAAACUCGGCCUAGAUUCACCCACGAAAUUGGAAUACCUAAACCUAGCAACACCACAGCUACAGCACAAGCGCCGUUCCAUCGCGCGAAAGGUGCGACCACAGUCGGUGGUUGGGCUUGGUGUGGAAAAUCUCAGCCUUGCUAACAUUCCCGAUGUGACCGAAACGUCCAUCACUUCGAGUGUGUCACGCAGCAGCAGCAAUAACAGUGGUUCCAAGAAGUACGAAUCACCGACCGCAAAGGAGGACGAGUGCUGUGACUCAAUUACGGAACUGCCAAGUCAAUCGCUCACCUUGCAGCAUCUGGUGAAAGGACGUCCGAAACGUGCGAAAACACGUGCACCGAAAAAACCAGUCAUAACGGACAAUGUUGCGGCUGGUGGAACGGUUGUAAAUGAAGGAAUCGAAUCCUUCUUCCGGCCUGGUUCGGCCACUCCAUCCACACUUACGCCACUCGUAUCGCCCACCUCCGAGGAGUGUAGUUCACUCAGCUUCGUCGAUAGUCCCACACUAAGCCGUGAUGAUGGGGGUCGCUUCAGUAACGUAACAUCCGGCGAAACGACACCAAUACUCGAAGAGCGUAAGCCCCUCAAAUUGGAUCGUUCUUCACCACUGCUAAAGGGUGUUAACUGGACCUCACGUUCACGGUCUUCGGACAACUUGGAAAAGGUGUCACCAUCGGUUAACCGUAAAUCGCCCCUGGUAAAAGCGGCCACGGAGGUAGUCGAAACACCGGUACGCGAGUCUCGACCGAUCGAUAAUGGUGCGGUAAAUUCGGGCAGUAAAUCACCUAGCAAUGAGUCGGUACGCAGCAGUCAUCAUGUGACGGAUGUGCCAUCGCACGGACUGGCAAGACUUGGCAAUGGGACGGGACAGAAAACACCCAUCAUUUCGCCGAAACCUCGGCCGUGGUCGGUGCUGGGACAUGAAUCUAAAAAUGAGUUUAACGAACCGUCGGUCGACAGUCUCGAUACCGAUGGGGAUUUGGUGCUGAUUUCAGGGCAAACGCCGGGAGGAUCGAUUGUUGGCAUAACGCCCGGUGCUAUUAGUGCGGCCGGUACGAGUAUAACGGGUGGCAGCAUAUUGGGUAUUACGCCGGGUGCUGUCAUUGAGAAGAAAUCCGUCAGAGACAUGGCGGCUGGGUUGAACAAGCUGGGAGUAGAACUCGAGCGGAAUUCGUUGAUGAGAAGUUCCGUCUCCUCACACUCGGCAUCAGCAGUGAUGCGCACCUCACCGUCCUCGAUAGUAGGACGCAAUAGUCAGAUAAUUAGUAGCAUUAUAAGUAGCAGUAGUAACAGUAGCAGCUUAAAAAAUGGUGAUUCAACCGCUUCCGUAGAAGGAGCAUCACUGCCCAGCAGCACCACUGAACAGAAGCGCGACGAAACCGGUGCUGGCACCGCGGUACCAAAGGACGAAACGCCCAUUAAGCGUAUAGUGGCCGGGAAGAAAAUUACCGCUUUGUUUGAGGAGACGCUAGUUGAAGGACUACAGAAAGCAUCGCGCAAAACCAUGUACAGAGAGUCGACCGUCUACAAGGACGAAGACACGGUGGAUGUGUGACGGGGGCCGAUUAACUGCAAACAUAUUUUAACUCAAC